CAACAAUAAAAAGCAUAGUGUCAUUCAAGAGACACAUUUCCUCUUCAGGUCUGAUAACAGGGAUGGUUUGUAUAUUGUUCCUGAUUCUCCGGUUCCAUGGCAUUUAUUUGCUUCCAGUAACUCUGGGCUCUCCAGACACUUUAAUAUUGGUGGCAGAACCUGGUGAUGAUGUCACCAUUUGGUACCAGUAUAACCGGACAGAACCAGCUCGCAUAUAUUGGUUCAUGCACACAGAUCAUUCUGUUCCACAUCAUGUUGCAUGCCAGUUGUAUUUAAAAUAUUCUGCAUCAAGCCCUUGUUCUUUUUUUAAUCAAAGUAAGCAAAUGGUGAUGUCCGUAAAAUCCCAGUACUCCUCUCUUACAAUAUCUGCAGUGAAACACACUGAUUCAGGACUGUAUUACUGUGGCAUUUGGCAGAGUACUGAUAUUUACUUCAGUAACGCAACAUAUUUACAAGUAACAGAGAGAAACCAAACACUUUUCAAGACCACCUCUGAUCAAGAGCGAAAUGAAACACCUUCCAAAGGCAGUUCAGAAAUAGCUCACUGCUCUUCAGAUGUCUUCUUCAUGCUGACAGUGGUGUUCGGUGGUGUGAUUGUGAUUCUCAUCAGUGUUCUUCUAAUCAUGCUGAAGAGGAUAAAACAACACAAUGAUGAAACUGACUAUAAAGUACAACAAGAGAAAGAGGUGCAGGAUUCUAAAUAUGCUGCUGUACAAUUUUCUGAUAAGAAAAUCAAGAAAGCGGGAAGACACACUGAAGUGGUGGACACUAAGGUUGUAUAUUCUUCAGUAAGACACUAGCAGUGUACUAUGAUAGAACAAAGUUAUACAUGAUUCCUUCAUUGUUUGGAACAGCUUUACAUAGUUAAUUAUUUUAACCAACAACAGCCAUAAGAGGCUGUGACCUCUGCCAUAUUUGUCAUACCUGUACUCUUUAGUUUUGACAGACACAGAGAAAAGUGUCCGUGUCAUCCAACACAAAAGCAACAGAGACUAUUUGAAGAUCUGUAACUGCAUUUGAGCAGUUAAUGUGAUGUAUCAGAAACUGGAUUAAUUUGGGAGGUUGUGACCAGUGCAAGAAUGGAGAGUAUGUUGCUUAUAUUCAUGGGAAUUCGCUGUUCAUAGUGUAGAAUAGAUUUUUUGUUUUUUGCAUGUAUUGUAGGACAGCAUGUGUUCACUCUAUAACUAAAUAUAACCCUUAAAGCAGAGGGGUAUUGAAAUGAUACAUACUAAAAAUGUGUGU